CGAGCACAUGCAUGCACGAACGCACAGACACAGGCUCUGACACACCACAUCCCUGUGCUUCUCCGCUGCGUUCACAUGCGUCCCCGCGUUGCGCUGGCUGCGCCAAGAUGAGCGUGGUCGCCCCGGUACCAUCUCACCGCCUGAGUGGGAGGGAGUGAGAGAGCGCAAGAGACAGACAGAGAGAGAGAGAGAGAUUUUGUGUCUUUCCUCUCUCAAACCCAAUCUUACCUUCUUCUGGAAGACACCGCAACGAAGCCGUUUGUUUCGGCAUCGUUCUUUUUUUCCCACCCCUCCUCCUCCUCCCGUUCUUCCUGCAUCCCUCCCGUUAUUGUCGGUCUCCCGGUUUUCAGAGACCGGUCGUGAUUUUGUGGAAAUAAUUUUUUUGUAUAUUUUUCCCUGCUGGGUGUUGGUAGCGCGCAAUUGGUGCGCGCUUCUAAAAAUUCCGGCGAAUGGUGGAUUUGGCAAACAUGGAGACGGUGGAGAAGGAAUGCGGGGCCCUCGGUGGUCUGUUCCAGGCGAUUGUCAACGACAUGAAGUGCUCCUAUCCUGUGUGGGAGGACUUCAGCGCCAAGGCCACCAAGCUGCAUUCCCAACUCCGAACCACUGUGUUGGCUGCCGUGGCCUUCCUUGAUGCCUUUCAGAAGGUGGCAGACAUGGCUACCAACACCAGAGGGGCAACCAGAGAUAUUGGAUCAGCUCUGACCAGGAUGUGCAUGAGGCAUCGCAGCAUUGAGGCCAAACUUCGUCAGUUCACCAAUGCUUUGAUGGAGAGUCUUAUCACUCCUCUUCAGGACAAGAUUGAGGACUGGAAGAAGACAGCCAACCAGCUGGAUAAGGAUCACGCCAAAGAGUACAAGAGGUCACGUCAUGAGAUCAAGAAGAAAUCAUCUGACACCAUGAAACUGCAGAAGAAGGCUCGUAAAGGGCGAGGGGACCUGCAGCCACAGCUCGACAGUGCCAUGCAGGAUGUGACCGACAUGUGCCUGCUGAUGGAGGAGACUGAGAAGCAGGCGGUGCGCCGUGCCCUGGUGGAGGAGAGGGGUCGCUUCUGCACCUUCAUUGGUUUCCUUCAGCCAGUUGUGAAUGGAGAGAUUGCUAUGCUGGGUGAGAUCACCCAUCUCCAGGCCAUCAUCGAUGACCUCACUGUGCUGACAACUGAUCCGCACAAACUGCCCCCUGCCAGUGAACAGGUGAUUAAGGAUCUAAAGGGGUCCGAUUACAGCUGGUCCUAUCAGACCCCUCCGUCAUCCCCAAGCAGCUCUGGCUCACGCAAGAGCAGCAUGUGCAGCAGUGUAAACAGCACCCACAGUAGUGCCUCCCGUUCGUCAGGGGGAGGUGGUAGUGGUGGUGUUGGUGGCGGAGGCUCCUUGCCCCACUCGCCCACCUCAUCCUCCUCCUCCUCCUGUCGCUACCGCAGCAGCCUGCCGCACCAGCCUCCACCACCGGGGGGCAUUGCUGCCCACCGCCUCAGCAGUGUCUCCUCACAUGAUUCGGGCUUCGUGUCCCAGGAUGCCAACAUCUACUCCAAGCCACCCUCACCUAUGCCCUCAGACAUCACUAGUCAGAAAUCAUCCAGCUCAGCAUCAUCAGAGGCCUCAGAAACAUGCCAGUCAGUCAGUGAAUGCAGCUCCCCCACCACUGACUGGUCCAAAGCAGGUCAGUAUGAGCAGCCUGUGGCUGCAGCGGCAGUCCAGAGAAGAAGGGAACCUCUUGAUAGGCUGAGGGAGAGUGAGGCAUCACCGGGCUCCCAGGGAUAUGCUGGGCCAUCACAUCCUGAUGAUGGGCAGAGAGCCAGGAUGACGCCAGCUACCAUCGCUGCCAAGUGUUUCAUUGUAUGUUCUCAGCAUGGAGAGGAGGUUUCUCCAGCAGCCAGUGACCUGGCCAUGGUGCUUACCAGGGGACUCAGCAUGGAGCAGCAGAAGAGCAACAGAGACUCCCUGCAGUACUCCAGUGGAUAUAGCACAGAGACCACAACCCCAUCCUGCUCAGAGGACACAAUUCCUUCACAAGGUUCAGAUUAUGACUGCUACUCAGUGAAUGGUGAUGCCGAAGGUCCAGAUGGACAGACAGAGUUUGACAAGUCCUCUACAAUUCCUCGCCACUCUAAUAUUGCCCAGAACUACAGGCGAAUGAUCCAGACCAAGAGGCCAGCCAGCACAGCUGGCCUGCCCACUGGCGUUCUUGGUCCAGGGGCUCAUGGGAUACCAGGGCAGCCUGGUGGAGCUGGUGGAGGUGGAACAGGGACUCCAGGGACUGCCACCAUCCGCCGAACCCCCUCUACCAAACCUGGCGUGAGGCGCACGUUAUCCAGUGCGGGACCCAUCCCCAUUCGACCACCCAUCGUGCCUGUCAAAACACCCACUGUCCCUGGAGACUCACAUUCACCUGGUGCAGGUGGAGGGCACGCUGGUGGCGUACCUGUCCGUGUGGGGAGUGAGGAAUGUGUGUUCUUCACUGGAGCUGAGGAUUCACAGGGAGCGCUUGAUUAUGUGAAGGCAUCACCGAAGCGCCUCAGCCUGCCUAACACCGCCUGGGGAUCAGGGGCUGCGUUAGAGGUCUAUGCUCAGCAGCAUGGGGGCCUUGCAAUAGGAACAGGCUCAGGCACUGGAUCAGAGGAAGAUCAGAUGAUCGCAGCCAAUCGGCACAGCCUAGUGGAGAAGAUUGGCGAGCUGGUAGCUAGUGCACACGCCCUUGGUGAGGGCCAGUUUCCCUUCCCUGCCCUCCCUGAUGACCCAGCCCCACCACCAACUGGCCCCACUGACACUCAGACAGGGACCGAAGGGGCAGAAGGGUCUGGUGACAUGCUGACCACCAUCAGGAGAGGAGUCCGUCUUCGCAAAACCGUCUCCAAUGACCGCUCAGCUCCCCGUAUAUUGUGAUCGGAGGAACAGCAGAAAGAGGAUGAUGCUUGUCAACCGAGAGGGAGUCAGGUGUUGGUGUGAUGCAACCCAACCACCUAGUACAUACACAAAAACUUAACCAUGUAGGGAAAGCUAUAAUAUAACAGAAGACGAAUGAAAACAGAAACAUACACAAAAAAAAAGUUUAAAGACACCAUUAGAGUAAUGAUAUAUAAUAUAAUGAUAAUAAUAACAAUAAUAAUGUUAACUCAUGCUGACAGUUAAAAGUUAAAUGCUGAACAUUGACAGGCUCCUAGCAGGCCACUAUAACUAGUGUGUGUUGGACGCAUGUUUGUCUUCUAUACACCUUCGCCCAGGGAAGGAAAGACUCACAGGACAAAAAAAAAACAAAACAGAUAUGAUUUUUUAAAAAAGAGGCAAAGAAAGAGAGAAACGCUGGGUUCUGUUCUGUUUUGCCAACUUACACCUUUCCCUAUCCUCUUCUCCAACUAACCCGACUGUCUGAUCCCAGAUGAAAGACUGAUGACUGAACGAGGGGCUGGUGUGGACGAGAGAGAGAGGGGACUCAGAGUGCCAUGUGAGCAGCUGGAUUUGAACCCAAGCUGUCUCAGCAGCAACACACUGUACUUAUUAGCCCAUUGAACUGAAGCUUUGGUAUUAGUACGGGGAGCUAACAAGCCAGAGGGCCUCUCUGGUUCAUCCUAAUGUAAAAGAAUCUUGAAAAAAAGGAAAUAUCCACUGUUGGCAUUGAACCGUGCUAGUGCCCCCUUCCCCCCUCUCUCACUCUCUGCGUAGUGAAUGUGUGCAUUCAUGGGUGUGCAUGUGGGCAAAUGUAAAAAGUGAGUGUGUGUCUACGUGUGACUAAUUGUGUGUAUGUGUGUGAGGAGGGUGGGUAGAGCUCUGCUGCAGGACAGCUGGUUACCCAAUGAGGGCAGGGCUUUUUCUCCUGUGUGUUGUGCGUGUAUUUUCUUGUUUAUAUUGUGACGUCAUUUACCUUGUUACCGCUGUACGAGAAGUUACAAGACGUACUCCAGGCGUAUAGAUAUAUUCAUAUAUAUUUUCUAGAACCAGAGAGAAAAUGUUAAAUCAGAAAUGGAGCAAUAAAUGUGUUUUAUUUUCUUGUUUCGAAGAAGCGGCUCGAUGGAGGAUUGUAGAUUCUCCUUUGUCACAUUCAGGCAAUCAUCAGGAAUGCUAAAUUACACAUCGACUGUGAAUUCAUGCCUAGCCGGUUUUGGCGUUUGUCUCUCUCUGUCCCGGUCUCUUUCUGGUGAAUGAAAUGGAUUACAAAAGUCUGGGGGAAAAAAGGAAAACUGUAAGCACUUUGAUAGGGGAUAGGUAAUAUGUACAAUAGCCAGUAGGUGUUGUUGUAGUCAUACUGUAUGAUAGGGAAUGUGAAAGUGAGCGAGAUGGUAUCCAGGGGGGAAUUAUUUAAUUUGUGAAAGAAGAAGCAGAAGAAGACAGGGAGGGACAAAGAGCAAGUGAGAAAGACUGGUUGAUUUGGGAGAUUGGUUGAAUGAGAAGGGAUAAGAAAGUGUCAGGGCCAUACAAGCUAUUGCUUGUUGUGGAUCGUGAAGAGCACUGAAGUUUUUAAUGCUGUGGCUGCACUGGCAUUUAAAGGACUGGUUACAUAAUGAAAAAAAAAACAAAAACAGUAUAGACAGGUCAGACAACGUCUGAAUAAAGCAGAUCCAUACUUUCCUGCCAGUUUUAUUUUUCUGUCACUGAGACUUCUGCCUCAUAGCAUCAGAGGGGAAUGUAGGUUUGAUUGAGUUUCUACUGUGGACACAGACCUUUAAAAAAAACCUAAUAAAAACAGCUUUUCAGAAUAAAACUUUUUCCACUGUGAGUGGAACAGUUAUUAUGUUAUUGUAGAGAGGCGAAAAUGUCAAAAAUUGGGCCAAUACAAUCAAAACUAUAAACACACCUGUGGUCGAGAACAAAAUCUAACACUUUUACUUGGAUAUUUGCCUCUUAAUACUUAACCAGUAUCAAAAAUUAGGGCUGUUUAGAUACUGUAUUUUUCACUGUCCAAAUCUUCAAUGACAGCUGCUUAUCUAAAAAAUAUCGUCUCACCUGUAAAUAUUGUGUGUUUUUUUACAUUGUGGCCACACAAAGUUAAGCCUUGAACAAAGCUGAACAAUACUCUUUUGCCUUAGAUUUACUCUGUAUGUUGUCCUUUCUAAAUAAAACAAAGAUUUUAAUCAAACAGCAUAGCACACAUAGCACAGAUGUAAUAAAACCCUCGAAGACAUGUCCAGCUUGUAGAUGACAAUUUUUGACAUUAGUUCUUAGUUCUUUAUUUUGGUAGAGAGUGAGGGAUUAUUGUUUGAAACUCAAUAAUAGCAUUAAAAUUGCUAUUCAACAAUUUGGAGGUCUACGUGUUUAUAGUCUUGACAGAUCAAGAGACUUGAGAUCAUUUUCAACUCUUCAAAUAAGAGACAGGAUGAGUUUGCCUAGUGCAGGGGGAGUAAAUUUGUCAAAGUGGUUAUUAUGCGUCAAAGUUUUCUUAGCUGCCCGCAAGUUCCUGAAAGUUUUGCUGUUGCCCAAGUCUUCGAUUGAAAGUUGGACUUCUGCACAGGGUGUAAGGUGAGACUGCCUUUGAAGCUAUUGAAAGCCACCAUUCUCAAAUCCAGUACAAGUACUGGAGGACUGUAAGAAGUAAUGUAAUCUAACCUAAAUUUUUCAGAUUAUUUGGCCAGCUGGUUUUAAAUUAGCUCAAUCACAUGCAACAUAAUUAUUUAGCCCCACAUUUAUUCAGUCACAUAAAAUGAAUGUAUUCCCAGCAGUGAGACACAACGCUGGUGUCUAAACACAAAAAGGCCGCCCCAGCACAGUUAAGCUCAGUUCAUCGCAAAUUACCCAGUUCAGCUCAGGAUAUGGCUGUGUGAAAGAAACUUUUAUGAACAUUAAGAUGCAAGAAACGGUGAAGCCGGCUCGCUGAUGACAAAGACGUGGGAAUAUUUAACUUUGCAAGUUGACAGAGAGGAAAAGAUGUGUGAAAUGAGCAUUUCACUGCCUGUUCAUACAAUAUGUACUGUAUGUGCUGUACUUGUUAAAGAGAAUCAGGCGCACAGAUUUGGUAUAAAGGUUUGUUAGAAAAUAUUACAUGGAAUAUUUAGUUGUUUUUUUUUCUUCUACAGUACUGUUUGAAUGUUUUGUCUUAACUUUAAUUAAUGUAAAAAAAAGAAAAAAAGAAAAAACUCCAGUUGUAACACAAACUACUAAGCUGUGUAACAUACGGAUGCAGGACGUGUGGGCCGAGAGUGAGUGUGUCCUUGUUUGGCUGUUGAUCUUUAGGCUAGUGAACUCUUCAUCAACAUGUCUGUAUGCUCUUUUAGCAGUGACCUGAACAUAGCCUGUGACAUCCACUCUCCUAUAUACUCUUUUUGUCAACUUUUUUUUUUUUUUUUUUUUUUUGCCUCGAAUAGAAAAUUGUUCCAGGCACAUUUGUGGCUUCUUUAGAAUGAUUUAAUAUAAAGAGUUGGAGAACAGAUGUUUUUAACAUAGGCACCCUCUGCAAGCACACCAUUUUUUUGUUGAAGUUUGCAACAGUGCAUCAAAUAGGGGUUGUUUUAAUGUUCUGUCAACAGGAAACUGUGCAUUUGUUGUUACAUGUGGAUGCUGUGUGAUGAAUCUGACUCUAAAUCUUAGUAGUUGAAAGGGGGUAAAAAAUGUUUUGAGUGAGAAAAGUGAAAAAGAGUUUCUCCUAAACCACAUGUCAAGGUCACCAUGUCCAUGAAUCUGUAUACCUAUACUGAAUGUAUGACAUGGUGAAGGAUGGCAUCCAACUGUGUCUGAUUUGCUUAAACUAUUGCAAUGUCAGAACAUUGUUCCUGUACAACUGGGUGAUAUUUCCUCUUUAAACAACAGGAAAGCAAUACAGGGGUAGUGCAUGUAUGUGCAUUCACAAUCAUGAUCCACUGUGGGUAUGAUAAAGGAGAAUACCAUUGUUUUGUAGACUAGGAUACUUGUGUUUUCCAGCUUAAAGUUAUUUCACACUACAUAGCUCUAAUGGUGUUAUUUGGAGUUCAGAUAUCUUUAAAGAGACAGAAUAAAUAAUACACACUGGAGAAGAAAAUGGUGUAUCAUCCUCACUGACUUUGAAGAUUUACCUUGCCUAAAAGCUGCUGUGAGGUGUAAAACUGGGUGUUAGUGUUGGGUAGUAUGUUUAAUUUUUCAGGUGGUUACGAUGAGUCCAACAACUGGGUACUGUAGAUAUAUUUGCAGAAUUUUGCAGCAGAACCCAUAUCGCCUAACUCCAAAAUGGACAUGGGAACCAAGACUUCCAUAUUAAGAUUUAUUUAUAGUCAGUAUAUUUGUCUAAUCACCCAACCCUGCUAGAUAAAAGCAAUAAAAUAUGAGGCGUAAGGAAGAAUGGGAAAACUCUGGGAUCCUGAAAGUUACUGUAGGCGUUAACCUAAUAAAGCUAUGCAAGGCUUGGUCACUCAGUAGGAAAAUUUACAAUUUCAUUAGUAUUAUUAAUUCAGCUAUCUCAAGGCACUUUAUAUUACAUGCUAUAUAUAAUGUUAAGAUUCGAUUAUAGGAAAAAAAAACCUAGCAAUCCAAAGAUCCCUUACGAGGAGGCACUUGGCAGCAGUAGGACAUUUAAAAACUCCCUUUUAAAAGAAGAAAACUCCAAUAGAACCAGGCUCCUUUUAUUUAGUGUUUGUCAAGAUACCCCUUCCUGUAACGUUCUAAAACUUCCCAGAUUCAAGAAGGUUUAUUCUGUAAUACCAUGUUUUUACAUGGUAUUUACAGACAUACACAGGCUGAAACAAAAUGUUGUUGUGUUGUGCAAUAAUCAGCAAACAAUAAAAAUACAGUAUAACAACCAAGCUGCAGCUUGAUGCGACACUCAGCAAACUCAGGCAUAAACAAUCACACUCAUUCAGCUAGCAGCAGUCCUCUCACAGAGAGGGAUUGAAUAAGAUUAGCUAAGUGUGUGUAAAGUCCCAGAUUAAUAGAAAACUUUGCCACUGAAAAAGGUUCUAGUCUAGCACCAGACUUAAUCACUUUCUGAGAAACGGAGCCCUAGAGUCAUGAAAUAUUCUAAAGUCCUGCAAAAGUUGCAUGUUGUGGCUAUGAUUGGUUUCUUCUCCAGUGGGUGUGGUUUUCUGAGUAUGAGAAGCUGACUUCAGUCUUCAUAGCUACACAUGUCUCCCUGAGUCUGAAGAUUUAAGUGCUGCAUAUUUAUUGAAUGAAAUGAAAACUAAGGAAUACACUGCCAGUUAUCUACAGGAAGUUAUUCCUUUAAUAAAGUUUUAAUAAUGCCCUGGAGAACAAGCACUCAAAUUAUAAAUAACAACUUGGGACCAGACAAGUAUUCUAAAACCUCUGAGUUUUUCAAAUCGAAUGAGAUCACGGCAGCCUAAAGGCGAGACUGCACACAGUAAAAGGAUGAAUGGUUAAGAUGACUAAAAGACACAACACUGCUAUUUUCCUUUAAAAUACCCAGUUUACAGCACAAGAAAUAUCGUACUAAAUAAUAAUGUUUUUAAAAUUCUAAAUUAACUGUGUAACUAACUGAACAAGCUGGAAUAACUGUGCUACAGUGUAAGUUUACGAGUGUAUGUGUUGUUCAGUGUGGGCCCACCUUCAAACGAAGUGGCUGCUGCAGAAAUAUACAAAGGCACAUAGACAUACAUGCAUGCAGGCAUGCGUGCAUAGAUAGAAACACUUGUGGACAUAUUAGAUCAGCGGUCUCCAACCUUUUUUGCGCCACGGACCGGUUUAUGCCUGACAAUAUUUUCACGGACCGGCCUUUAAGGUGUCGCGGAUAAAUACAACAAAAUAAAACUAGUACCGGUACCGAAAAAAAGAAGAUUUAUUCAUAACACAUGUGAAAAGACCCAGGAAAACCGAGUUAACGAUAAAAACGAUAACAAAAUAACGCUGAAAACCGAUAAAAACCCUGAAAACCAUACAUUUCACACCUGAGCCUCAACUCUCGCGGCCCGGUACCAAACGACUCACGGACCGGUACCGGUCCAAGGCCCGGGGGUUGGGUACCGCUGUAUUAGAUACAGGACUAACAUAUAGAACAAUCUCCUCUUCUGUUAAUUUCAUAAUUUGGCUCAGUCAAUGAUAUUACCACAGUUUACUUUCCAUUUUAUAUUAGCUUUCUUGUUUUCUAUCAAGGUUAAUGUGCGAGCUUCUUUAGUAAUGCACACACUUAGAAACAUGCACAGUACUUAAAAAUACUGCGUACACUUAAAAUACUGCACAACAAGCCCAAAAAACUAGAAAGCUAUAUACUUUUCAAUGAUUAGCACGAGGCUGCAUAGAGUAUGUGAAAGGACUAGUUUAACAUUUUGGAAAAUACUUACUUUCACUUUUGGUGAGUGUGUGCAUUAAAAAAUAAUUCAUAGCCAUCAGAUGGUAAUUUUAGCAUGGCAAGGUUUGGAAGCUGUAGGAAACCCAACCCCUCCAAAUUGAAACAUUCCACCUACCUUUAUACCUGUAGUUUACUUAGUAACACACUUUUGUGUUUAAUCUGAAAAUGUAAAUUAUACAAAGUAAGAGGUUAACUGGCAAGUGUUGUUCCCACAGUGAAUGGCUCACACUGACAAGAGAAUAAAGAAAUAAGCUCAUAAAUUUUCCAAAAUGUUAAGUGGUUGCUUUAACUUUUAAUGAAAACAUGAUUUUUUUUUUGGAUUAUGUAACUGGAGAUGGACUGAGCUGAAAAUUCCUAAUACCAUAAUUGUCUGAACAGCCUGGAGGUAUAUGAAAGCUACCAGUUAGCCAUGCAAAUCGUAUUUCGCCAAGUGGAAAAAGCAAAAGAGAACUGAAUUUAAAUGUUCCUCUAUUCCCAGACAUUUAAACUUGUGUAUCCCCGUCUUCUCUCACUUUCCCCUAUUGCCAUUCAACUUUAAUCCACUUUCCUCAAUCAGUACACACAGGGAUAAUGUGUGGCUGACAAAUCAGAAAACAACACUUGUCAAGAUGGGAGCCCCAUUGGCAUUACUUUGUCUCUCUGUGCCUCGCAGCCCAUCAAAGCUAAUGAAAAAUAAUUUUGAUGAAGUCUUUAUUUUCACCAUAGUCCACAGUGAAUACACACUACGCUCAGUUUAUUAUCUUUCUGUCUUUCCCUUCACCCUCUUCCCUCCCCCCUCCUUCUGUGUCUGAUUACUGUAUGUCAGGAUGCAUGUGUGGAUCCAAUGUGUCAUAAUGGCUAAUGGAUGCUAUCAUUUUGGGACCUGGGUGUUUUGUUCAAAAUGCUGGAAUCAUUAGGUAGGUUAAACUUUUCCCUAGCACGCACAUUAAUAUCUGCUGGUCUCAAGGCAAGCACACUCUAACACUGUCUCAGUGCUAGAUUACAUUUUAAUUAAUUUUGAUCAGGCUUUUUAUGGCAUCUUCCUGACAUCACCUCAAAGGCUGUUCAUGUUACUUGGUUUCUCAGUGAGCUUUUGUCAAAGACACCAUGUGAGCUUUUUAAACUAACAGUACAAGGUCAGUUAGGGAGACCACCAAAAUACCAUAAUUAAAAUAUAUUGCAGUUCAAUUGUGAAUUGAUUUCCAUUGUGGCAAGGAGUGACAAAGCAUAAGAGUAAAAAAGGGUAGAAUAUAUAAAACCUGAACAACAUACAGGAAAAGGUUAAAACACUAACUGACCUUAGGAUCAAGCAAAACCACACCAACUACAGCUGUAACACCAAUUUGUUAAGCGUGGUCUUGUAACCCAAAUUUAACUGAAGGUUGAUUUCAAGAGGAAACAGUUCUUCUCUGAUUUACUUUAAGUAGAUUAUACAUGUUAGCUAGCUGCCUAGCAAUUUGUCUUUUGCAAGCGAUCAUUAGCUGAUGUCAUCCAGACAAAAGAUGGCUUAAAGCAGGUUUGGCUUUUUUAACCCGAGUCCUUCGAAUAGAAAUCUGUCCACAGGCUGAGAGUCUCAUGUUUAGGGAAGAAUUGUUUACAUCAUUUAAUACAUGAAAAACAACAACAUUGUCUACUUUUAACUAAGCAUUCAGUGUCACCAAUUUCACAUGUUCUGUUUUUGAUUGGCAUGGCUCAGGAGACAACACUACUAAAUCGAUAUCUUGCACAAAAGUCAUUUUUCUAUCAAAAUUGCUGCGCAUGUAAUCAGCUUUUUUCCAACUGCUGUCUGAAUUAUUUCUUCUGAAGCCAUUUUACAUCACUGUUAUAGAGACUGGAGAAGAUGCAGCAGUCAACAUCUUGUCAUUUUGCUGUUAGUGCAACAUAGUAAAAUUAAAAGUAGAGCAGAACAGAAGUUGAAACUGCAUGUUGACGACUGAUGAUGAAACUUAAGGCACGGCCAACUUCUCUCAGCCGGUAAACUUCAUGACCCGAUACAUAUCCGUUUCCCUGGUUACGGAGAUUUAUAGGCGGUUGGAAGACUUCCACUGUGAGCAUUUGCUCGCAGCAUGAAAACAUUGUUAGAAAUCUGUAUGGAAAUAACUUCCCUUUAAAUAUUGUAUACUUACAUAAUAUGCUACAUAAGAUUUAAAAAUGUCUUCAUUUGAAAUACCCUAGUCAAAAUGAACAUAAUGUUCUUGAUUGUUGACUUGAUCUAAGUAAGGAAACCACAAUGCUGGCCAUUGAAGAACAGAUUGUUUUAUAUUUUUGAUCAGACAAAAAGAAGUUUUGAGUUGCUCUAUAUACAACCCACUCGUUUAGCCAUCUGCCCAAGUUAUAUUGAACUAUGUACUUGUGUAUGUGUGUCUGUAUGAGUGUGAUUAUGUGUGUUGUACAAGGAGAGAUGGUUAAAACCCCUACUGUUCCUCCCUUCAACCUCCCACACACAAUCUGUCAGUCUUUCCUGCUGUCUAAUACGGAAGGUAUCCACAUUAAUACACACACAGACACACACACACACACACACACACACUGGUCUGAAGCAAACAUGACUAAGGUUGAUUCUCAGAAGCCACAUGAGGGUACCUUGAAGUCCUCUAUGAGAUCCUGAUGUAACACAUUGCAACCUCUUGUCAUACAGCCAUGCAGAACAGAGUGGCCGAAGUGGCCUCCCGGUGCCACUGUCACUGCAACUAAAUUGAAUGUCUUGGUGUCUAUACUCCAGUUCCAGUAGUGUCUCUUGCUCGCUUGCUCUCUUUCUCGACAGCCGACAUCUGAACUCUCAAUGAAAUCUCUACAAAAUUCACAGCUGAGGCAUUUUCUGAGGGGCUUUUUUUUUUUUUUCUCAAAUAAUAACAUUGUGAGAGAGUCAACACCUGCUUCUUCUUUCUGUACAAACCAGUCUUUUAGCUCCUCUUUUUCCUCCUGAGUAGCCCUGCAGGCACUGUGGUCUUGUCUUUCUCUCUUCUCACGCCCCCUCACUUCCGCUUUUUUUCCUUUAAUUUAUUGUGAAUUGAUUUCUAAGUUUGGUUCGCCUCUGUCGCUGAAGGUGAAGAUUUCUUUUCUGUCUUCCUUUUUGUAAAAUUGACCCUUUUUUUGUUAACUUUAGUCACUGCUAAUGUAACAAAAUGCACUGUGAUGAUUCCAGUAUUAAUAAAAGUUGUACUUAAACUGUG